UCCUGAGUCUGUAACUUUCAGGUGUUCUGGUACUUACUGUGAUGACACCGCCAUGCUCCCAUCAUCAGGACUGGACGUCUUGUGUGUAGCUCACUUGGCAGUCAGCCGCUGCUGGAUGCUGACUUCAUGCAGCAGAGAGCUGAAUCGACAGCUGCAACGACAACAUUUACUCCGGUCUUUGUUGACUGGGUGGUAACUGGUAAAACAGGACGGUUUAAAAAGGGGUCCGUGCUGCAGAGGCUAACUCAUUCACACACCUGCUAGCUAUGGCUGCUGCUGCCUGGUGGAUGCUCCUGCUGCCAGUUCUGAGGCUCUCUGGAGCUCUUCCUGCUCACUGGCUGCCAGGAGAAUAUGCAAACAGCAGCUCUGAUGCUCUGAGGUUCCUCAGUGACUACAACAGCACAGCUGAGGAGGUUUUCUCCUUCGCUGUGUCUGCUAGCUGGAACUUCAACACCAACUUAACAGACCACAACUCCAAACUUCAGGUGA